AAGUUGAUAUAUAUUACAAACAUACUUUAAAUAAUAUAAUGGAAAAAAAUAUUUUUCAAAUGGGUAAUGAAACCUUUAUUGAUGGCUUUAUUUCAAAAGUCCUGUGGGUCCUAAUGGCCUCGUGUGACUCACAUGACGUCUGAGCAUACAAAGCUCAUCGAAGCUUUGAAUACCAGGAACUGACGAUCGAAGACCGCGCAGGAAAGAUCGAAUAAAACCCUUUCGGAGUUGAAGGUCUGGUCACCGUGAUAUAAACUCUAGAGGAGGACCAGUAACCAUACAAUGUUGGGAUUCGACUUGUUUUGAUAAUGUAAAAACUAUAGUAUGAAGGUAACGACGACAAUGAUAACAGUACAUUAAAACACUUUUUAUUCAACGAAAAACGUAAUAUUGUACGUUUAUCAUGAAAUUCUGUGUUGUCCCAAAAUCCUUGAAGGCACCAAUAUCAAUAGCUGCUCAGUGUUUCCUCGCUCAACCGACUGUGUGGGUGAACUGCGCAUGCGCUUGACCGAGCUCUCGGAAGCAAAGUCGGGUUGAUCCAAGGGGUCCACAUCAAAAAAUCGAAAAUAAAAGAGCCAUGUCAGGAUUUAUUGACGGAAUUCGGUGUGGAGAAUGCGACUGCAAUGUGGAUUGGGGUGAAAGAAGAAACACUGUCGCAUCUAUAGCUGCUGGAGCUCUGUUCUUUACUGGCUGGUGGAUCAUCAUAGAUGCUGCAGUUAAAUACCCAGACCAGGCUGAAUUUCCCCAUGCUUAUCACACAUGUGGAGUCGUCGCAACAUUGGCUUUUCUCAUGAUAAAUGCUGUGUCAAAUGGCAUAGUGAGAGGUGACAGCUACAGCGAAGGUUGCAUAGGACAGACAGGCGCUCGUGUGUGGCUCUUCAUUGGCUUCAUGAUGGCUUUUGGAUCCCUCAUUGCCUCAAUGUGGAUCCUGUUUGGAGGUUUUGUAGUGCCUCAGAAGCCAGUUGUGUACCCAGGUAUUGCGGUUUUUUUCCAAAAUGCAUUCAUUUUCUUCGGGGCCCUGGUAUUCAAGUUUGGACGCACAGAGGACCUGUGGCAAUAACUGACUGUGUGUAUUUGGCCGUCAUUGUUAUACACUGCUUUUUUUGUUAUAUGAAACAAAAUGCCCCAGGCUUCAGUGGUUAUUCAUCACCUUAUAUGUAGCCUUUUUAGCAUUCGAGAUUGACAUUUAAUUUAUAUUUUUGUCGCCAUUUUAAAAGGCUAAAUCAUAACCAAGCACAAUACAUAGGCUCAUUGACAGAUGAACUGUUGCACAUUUUGAAAUGUGUAUCUGCCCUGUGCAGCUGCGUUGUUGAAGAUGGUAUAAAACUUGUGUUUAAUAUGUAUUUUGGGAAUACUAGGGCGAAACCUGCUGUGGGUAUGCUAAUGCUUCCCAUCAUUUUAUAUAACUUGUCAGCUGAGUGAAAACAAUACAUUUUGUGGUGUAUAAAAUAACUGGGGGAAUUACCGUGAUAAUACGUACUGACAAAACUUGUCAUGAGAGAUUGUUUUUCACUGAAAGAACAUCAAGUGAGCUCUGAAUCUCGUCAUGCGAAUUUAUUGUAAAAUAGUCAUGGGCUUGCAUAGCUGAGUUGAGGUCAUCAUUUGUCACAACUGUCUGGUAGAUUUACUUGCUCGAUGUGCAUCCAUUUCUUAUGUUUCUACAAUGGACCUAGUCUUUGGCUACCUUGGCAUAAUUAAACAAUCAUAUUGAGCAGGAAACCCAUUGUG